AGCGCUUUUGAUAUCAGGCGCCUAGCUCCCUUGUUUUUGAGCCGGGAACUGCCAGACGCUGUACAGGAGCUCCUCCACUCUGACACUCGCGCGCGCCGGUCGAAAACCGCAUCGUUUGCGCCCCCAAAACCGCCCAGACAAGCCGAAACCCUCAGGCAGCGCGCACCAAUGAUGUCCGAGACGAGCGCCAACGUGCAGCCCAGCGAAGCGCCCGAGACCAGCGCCAAGAAAGCGGAGCCCGAGGCGGACUCCAAGAAGCGCGCCCCAACACCGGAGAGCGACGACAACAGCGCCGAGCUGAUUUGCAAGCCCCAACCGAAGAAGCCCAAGACCCAGAAGAAGCCGAAAGUACCGGUCACCAAGGAGUCGGUGAUAGAAAACUGCAAGGAGGGCGACGCCUACGUGGCUAAAAUUCUGGGAACCGAUAAAGUGGAUGCGUCCUCCCUACUCUUCUGCAUCAUUUCCAAGGGCCGCUGGGCGAACGCGCGCACCGUCGAAGCGCGCUUGAUUGGGGGCGGCCUGCCCCCGGCGCAGAUCCUUUGGUUGGUCGGCACCGGUGAAAGAGAAGAGUACGAGGCGAACUGCUCUGGUAGUGUGGUCGAGGGCGGCGGCCUCUGCCAGAGUCGUAAUAGGGCCCUCGACGAGGCGCGCCAACGAAAGCUGGGCUGCGUCCAGAUGUCCGACGACAUGAAGCGCUGCGAGAUCAUUCGGUGCGGCGAUUCUUUACAACAAUUCCACGACAGGGACACGUGGCAGAAACCGAAGGACCUGAAGGCCGCGAACGCGCAAGGUGCCGAUAAAGUAGAGGUCACGCCCGUCGCUGCGGCUUCCCUCUUACAUGCUCUGUUGAAGGCCACGGACCACCGACUGGCGGGCUGCUUUCCGAACGCGAACCCGGGCUUGGCGGCCGGGGCCGCCCCGGUCCAGUCCCACCUGUUCAUUGUUGGAGACUUCCUCGUGAUUGACGUCCAGAGAACGUCAUUAAGAUUCGACGAGCGACUGAUGCUCAAGGAGGACUACGACUAUACGGCGCAACACUUACAUGAACAUGGUGGCGUGUGUCGCUCGAACCGCAUCUUAUGUCUAUUUGAACAUUAUGACAAUCCGGGCGGCGCCGUCGACGUCAGAAACGACGAGCGGGAACAGCACGCGAUCCAGCUGCUGCACCACAAGUGGCCUGGGGCUUUUAGACAGCACGGCACGCGCGGGCCGAACGAGGUGCUGUUCAAGUGGGAUCAAAGGGAUGUCUCCUUAGGAGGCACGAAGAAACACAAAAGAGUCGAUCCACCGGCGGGCAUCGACCCCGUGGCCAUCGAGCGCAAGCCCAAGGGCGGGCAACGUACCCUAACGUCCUUCUUCAAGAAGAAGCCGGCCGCGACGCCGCCUUUGCCUCCUACGUCGGCGGCCAAGCCCGUCGAGACGCCGCCGCCUCAGCCGUCCGUUGAGCCCGGCGAGGGCCCGUCGUCGUCGUAG